AUGGAUGAGGAGGAUAGUAUUAAAAAAUUACAAUACUCAAGACUAAUAGAAGAUGUAUUUCCCAGUAGGCUAGAAGCUCUUCAGGAAUUACAGGUACUCAGUUUACGAAAUAACAAAUUUUAUGGUACCAUUACUUGUUUGAGUAUGAAGCACCCAUUUCCAAAGUUGAGAAUUUUUGAUGUGUCUAAUAACAAGUUUAGUGGCCCUUUGCCAAUGCAAUACUUUCAAGAGUUUCAAGGAAUGAUGACUCGGAAUGAUAAUACUCAAACUGGCGGUUUGGAGUAUAUGGGUACCAAUGCUAGUACGACCAUUGUACCAUAUAAUGACUCUGUUGUGAUCAUUAUGAAAGGUGAAAUGAUAGAAAUGUCAAGGAUAUUAACUAUCUUCACAACCAUAGACUUGUCAAAUAACUUAUUUGAAGGAAAAAUCCCACAAAUUCUUGGAGAAUUGAAUUCUCUCAAAGGGCUUAACCUUUCACACAACAAAAUCAGUGGUAUCAUUCCACAAACUUUGGGAAAUUUGACAAGUUUGGAAUGGUUAGACCUCUCACGGAACCAAUUGAAAGGUGAGAUUCCUAUGGCUUUGAUAAAUUUGAAUUUUCUAUCUGUCUUGAACCUUUCUAAAAAUCAAUUGGAGGGAAUGAUACCAACGGGAAAACAGUUCAAUACAUUCCAAAAUGAUUCCUACAAAAAUAAUCCAAUGCUUUGUGGAUUCCCUUUGUCAAAGUCAUGCGGCAAUGAUGAAGAACAACCACCUUCAGUGUUUACUGAGGCAACAGAAUCAUUAUUUGGGUGGAAGUCAGUUACAGUGGGAUAUGGAUGCGGAGUGGUAUUUGGAAUGUUCCUUGGAAAGUUGUUCAUCAAGACUGCGAAACCCUUGUGGCUUGCCAGACUUCUUUGUCGCUAUACUUAACAAAACCUGCACAGGAGAUCAGAGGCCAUGCAAAGCAUCAUGUUUUUCCUUCUUUUCUCUGUCAUGGGAAUUUUCACGUUUGUGGAAUAAAGUGUGUUAGAUAUCAAGCUUGUAAUUUAUCCAUGCAUACAUCAUUAUAGCUUCAUCAAGAUGUACCACCACUCUUGCAUUGAAAUGAAUGCCAAGAAUGAAAUGAAUUGAGUUAUUUAGUAAA